AUGCUGCAAGACUGCGUGUCGCCGAGUUCCGUUCUGGAAGUAGACGGUCAGGAAUUAGCUGAAGUUGGCUGCUUCUCGUACUUGGGUAGCUUUGUGACAAACGACGAUAGCGCAACAAAGGAGACAACCGCACAUAUUUCCAAGGCUCGAGUAGCGUACGCAGGACUUAAACACCUGUGGCGAGGACGUGACGUUUCACUCACAUUUGUGAGUACUUUCGAGGAUGUGGGCGUGUGGACCGUCCCGGAGGAAUUCGAGGACGUCACGGAGUUGGCGGGAAUACGGACCGACCGGGUUAGGUUGACGGCCCUUCUAUCGCUCAUCAAGAGCCGGGCGCGAACAGAGUUGGACGCUACCCGAAGAGGUUCGGAGAUAACGUGGGCCGCCUCAAAGGACGCCCUGAUAUCGGGCUUCGACACCCCGACCGACAGCCAGGAGGCGUUGCGGCGCCUCAAGACAGCGCAGUUCGGAGUUGGCGUGGAACUCCUUUCACAUGCCGUUUUUCUGCACAACAUACAAGAUAUGCCGCUGUAUCGACAUACGUAUUUGAUGGAUGUUCGUAAAUUAGAUCACGGUUUACUGAAAGCUACCUAUUCCAGUGAAUUUGCAUCUACAAUGGCCGUUCGAUCACCAAUACGUGGCUUCUAUAACAACAGAGGUAGACCGUAA